GCCUAUGCCUUCAUCCCCAUCACAUCAGUCGCGCUAUCGUUACGAUUAUACGUGAGAAUUUCUAUUGUCAAAGGGUUCGGACUUGAUGAUGUUUGCUUGAUCAUUGCACAGGCGAUGGUAGUGAUUGAAAAGAUAUACACCGUGAGUCUGUGUGCCGUCUGGAAUGUUGAACAACUUGCUAAGAUGCUGCAGAGCUCCGUGAUGUUUACCAUGUUCUAUUGCUUCUCCCUGGUCUUUCUCAAAAUUUCGCUCGCUUUCUUCUACCUCCGGAUCGUCAUUCAACGAUGGCAAAGAUGGGUCAUCUUCAUGACUGUUACGGUGUUCACUCUUUACGGACUCGCAUACGCUUUCAUCUAUCUGUUCCGUUGCGGCUUGAAUGUCAACGACCAACUGAUCUCACGAGCAGAGGGAAAGUGCAUACCGGAUCACACACUGUUGGUCAUGACAUAUGUAUUUGGAUCCGUGGACACAUUGACGGACUUCAUCUACGCCUUCUUACCCAUCUACGUCCUUUGGAACUCCAACAUGCCGCUGGGAAUGAAAUUUACAGCCGGCUUUCUACUCUGCAUCGGGUCCGUCAGCUCUAUCUGCGCACUGAUCCGUGUGGCAACUCUGUCGAAUCUGAAUUCUGACAUCGAGUUCUUCAAGCAAGCGGUGCAGACUGGGCUCUGGAGUGUCAUUGAGCCUGGUCUUGCGAUUGUAGCCACAUCACUAGCGGCAUGCAGACCGCUCUGGAGAAAGUUCUUCGAGGACACGACUACA